AAUCACAAAUCCAGAACCUUCUCCAGCUUCCAGUGAGACACAAGAUCCCUCUGCAGCACAUCCCCAGGAGAGAAGCCACCAUCUGUAAUGUGGACUCCAUGCUCCUGUUCCCGUCAGCUUCCCCUGAGAACUACGUCACCUUCUCCCGGAGCUUCCCUGCUCUUCCAGAACUCUCCGUGUGCCUGUGGCUCCGCGUCGACGUCGGGUACGUAGGAACGCUCCUCUCUUACGCCACGGAGGACAACGACAACAAACUCGUCCUAUACGGACGCAACUCCUCCUCCUCUUCUUCCUCCACCCCCAACCGAGCAACCCUGGACUUCGUGGUGGGAGACCCUGCGUACCGUGAGCUCCCUGUGGACUCUGUGCUGGACGGGUGCUGGCACCACCUCUGUGUACUCUGGUCCUCUAUCCAGGGACGAUUCUGGCACUACACCGACCGGCGCCUGACCUCCGCAGGGUCACGGUUCAGGAAGGGUUACGAGGUGCCAGGAGGGGGGUUAGUGGUGCUGGGAGCAGAGCAGGACAGCCAGGGGGGAGGGUUUGAUCCCAACGAGGGGUUUGUGGGGCGCCUGGCGGGGUUCACCGUGUGGGACCGGGUGUUGAGUUCUGGGGAGGUGACGGGGGUGGCUACAGGGAGGGGGGUACCCCGGGGGGUGGUGCUCGAGUUGGGGGACGUUGACGGAGUUCAUGGGGAGGUGCAGCAGAUAGCCUGCGAGUGCCUGGAACACUGUAGCUGA